GCUAAAAUAAUAGCGCGCAUCUACCACUGUACCAUUGAUACAUAAUUAAAUAAUUUUAUGAUGUAGCUUUUUAUGAUGUUUAUUACUGGCAUUUCAUCGACCUGUUUUCUGAGAAUAAAAUAGAAAAAGAAAGAAAAUAUUCAAGUAAAUAUUGAAUAUGUAGUAGUAAAACAUUUUGAAGCGACACAAUUGUGACAGUAUAAUUUUUGCUUUCUAUCUGAAAAUGUUUAGAAUUUCUCACAAUUUCUGUGCAGAUGUAUUUUUGUUUGACUCUUGUAAAAUUACUUGUAAUUUGAAUUUCGAUUUCCGACUACAUGCAGAUAUUCUUGCCAAGUUGAUUGGAUUAAAAUAAAAGUCGCUUGACCAAUGAAAGAUAAAUUUCACGAGUGGUCACAUAACGGUAAAUUGCGGUAAAUGUACCGUAAAGUUAUCAGUGAAAUACGGAAUUCAAAUGAACUUCAAAAAUUUCCACAAAAGCAUAGAUAUUAUCAGUAGCACAUAAUGAUUUUCCGCACAAGCUUAGUACAGAGAGAAAAAUUCGUGUAUUCGCAAAAAAAUUCCAAACACAUGUGAAUUACAUGUUAUGCAAAAAUGUAUGCUAGCCUAGGUUACGCGUUAGCUCCGUUAAGGGGGUCUGCUAACAGUCGCCAUCCCGUCAACUUCUAUGCAUAAUUGUGCCUUUCAAGUAUUACGUAUUUAGUAGUUAAUAGUUUUUCUAAAGUGUGCUAGAGAAGUGAGGUAUAGAUCAAUUGUUGUUUAAAAUGUUAAUUUAUUAGUGAAGAUAGAAGGAAGUUAAAAGUGGUGCUCCGUCAUCUGAUUCGCGCAAUUCUCCCAAUGAUCAUUAGUAUUUUCGAUUCACAAUCUAGUAUCUGGUGGAUGACAUUUUUUUAGGACGACCAUAAACAUCGUACCAAUGAACAUAUGUCGAAACAACUGAAACUGUCAACGUGAGAAAUUAAUUUCAUCAGCAGGUUCAACAGAGUUGGACUUUAACCGGAAAAUGGAAAGUUCAGAAUACGAAUUGGUUCGAAACAUGACUCUGUUAUUCUUCUUCGAACGACUGAUGGACAAAGGGGGACCCCGUACGUUGCACGAUCUCAGCUGUCAAUUCGGAGCUAAGGGAUUUACGAAGGAAAUGCGACGUAUAGCAGGAGGUUCACAGAGCGGAUUGAAAAAUUUUUUGUCACAAUAUCCAAUGCUCUUCGUCAUCGACGGCGACUACGUUUCAGUGAAUACCUUCCAACCUGUAGUGGAGGACGAUGACGCCGGUCUGACAAAAACGAACAAACGUGAUUAUGCCCGAGAAGCUGUUGAAUAUUUUACAAAUAAAUUAAUGCAAUAUGGAGCUGGUACUGAAGUGCCAAUAAAAAGUUUAUUGGGACACAGAUCCCAAGCGUCUCCGGAGGUGCGGCACAUCUCCGGCCAGCAUUACAAAGAGUUUCGAGAUUUUCUCGCAAAGCACCCGGAAGAUUUUGUCGUUACCGAAGACAAUGUGAUUUUAAAACGAUACGAAGGCAUCGAGGGUGCACCCUUCCAUGAGCUCGAGCCGGAUGAACCCAUCGAUCAACUGAUGACCGGAAGAUUGAUUACAUUUUUUACGAAAGAAAUUGAAAAAACAGGUUCUCUUCUGAUCGAGCAAUUACUGGCACUCGGCUCGGACGCUUUUCCUGAAAAAUCAUGGAUAACAAUGUUCACAACGUCCCAAGAUUUGUCGACCUUUCUCAAGAUGUUUCCCGACGCAUUUCACGUGCAAAAGAACGUCGUUACAAUAAAUCAUCGUAAAACUAUUUCCAGCACGGAAGUCGGACAAAAUGCUAAAAAUACUUCACAAAGUUCGCAAACUUCGGAUUCUGGAUUGUCAUUGAAUCAAUCGCGAAAUGUUACAACCGAAGAAUCAACGACUAGGAAUAAUGCUUCGCCAGUCUCAACGACGCCCCAAAAUGAAUUAACCAAAAUGGAACAGCCGGCCGGCGGACUCACCACUGGGUCAAUAGAAAAUAAUAAUAGCUCACCUACUUUGAGUUUGCAGCAGCAAACUUUGAAGCAACGAAUUAAUACACUCGUCAUGAAAACCCUCGCUGAUAAUACGGAAAAAGAUCGAAGUCUCCAGUCGUCCCACAUGGGCGAUGCUUGGAGAAUGAAAGAACUCCAGCAAACUAAAAUAGUUGUAAACCCAAAAGAAUGCCUCCAAAUUGUCGAAGAUAUCAUCAAUUCGACACACUCUUUAACAGAAAAUGGACAUGUCGUUGUUUCCUUUGAUUGCGAAGGUAUUAAUUUAGGAGCCAGAGGUCAAUUGACUCUUUUACAAAUCGGUACUAUGCUUGGACAAAUUUAUGUUUUCGACUUGUUUACUUCACCAAAUCUUAUUAAAUCUGGCGGGCUUGGCAAUCUCCUUGAGAGUCCAACCGUUAUCAAAGUCGUGCACGACUGUAGAAACGAUAGCGUUAAUCUUUUCAAUCAAUUUGGCAUCACAUUAUGUAACGUCUUCGAUACACAGGCAGCCCAUGCUGUUCUCCAAUUCCAAGACACGGGAAAACCGGUUUACAAAGUGAAAAACGUAAAUCUCAAUUCACUCUGUGAAAUGUAUGGCUCUUCUUGUAAUCCUGUGAAAGAACAAUUGAAAAACAUUUAUCGUCGUGACCAACGAUAUUGGGCGCGGAGGCCAAUGACUCGAGAAAUGCUAAUUUAUGCUAGCAGCGACAUUCUUGGCCUCGUACCUCAGGUGUACACGUCAAUGUCCAGACUCAUCAAGUCCGAAACGCAACAACUGUUUACGGAACUCUGCGAAGAACAAGUGCAAAUGCACAUAAAUCCGAUAGACGUGAAAGCUCGCAAAAAACAACGAAAAAUCGACACCGAAGUAGCCGAUUUGAGAAAAAGAAUGGAAGAAAAUACAGGGAAGAACAUAGUUUUGAGCAAUCGGGAGAUUCGACUUCUCCGUUAUUUGGUGCUUACCGAGGACGAAAAAGACAAAUUGAAAGGAAAUUAUAAGGUAGCGAAGAAGCUUGAGAAACUGGAAAAAAUGGGUCACGAAAAAGGUGACAGUAGCGAAGAUGACGACGAUGACGAUAGAAAUGAGGAUACUGAAUUUGCGAGUUUGGAAAGUUGCACGUCCGACAAUUCACAAUCUGGAGAUACUAUUUUUGGAAAAACUGGGGACGGAUCAACACUCACCGAAUCGAUGCAAAUGGUCGACGAAAUUUUGUCCGAUGGACAAAUGAACGGACUCGAAAAGAUCGAGAAGCUGGAAGCCAUUCUAUCAAGCGUAACUUAUUCAAGUGGGGAUAUUUUUUCUCUCGAGAACAACGAAAAUUCAUCGAAAAAAUGUCAGUGCAUGUGUCAAAAAACAUUAGGCAAUAGGACAGAAAAAAAUAAUGAAUCGGUCGCUGACGUAGCGUGCCAGACGCUCAGUACAGGAGAUAUUGUAAUUACGAGGGUAUACUUGACAGAAGAAGAAAAAGAACGUGAGCGAUUACUUAGUUCACCAAGAACAUGAUCUUGGAUGUUCUCUGUUCGAAAUGCAAUUGUUAAAUUGCCUAAUGAUACUUUUGGAAAAUGUCAGUGCCUAGAAUUGUCAUAGCCUUACCCCAACAUGUGCCUCAUGUAUUUCAUUGUUUCGGUUAUUAUCGACCGUUAUUUUAUUACUCUAACACCGGAAUAACUUUUUUAACUAAUUGGUAAAUCGUAUGCGCUUUUGUUUUAUUUCGGUUGCGAUAUUCAGUGAAAAAUCAUCGAAACCGAUUACAUUUUUUCUUCCUCGACUACACUUAGCUAUUGAAUACGAACAUCGAUUUCCGCUAAUUUAUAUUUUUAAAUCGUGCCAAUCGUGGAAAAUAUCAACCGGAAUUCACUUUUUCGUACUAUGCGGUUCUUUAAAAGUUAUACUUCAAUUUAAGAAAAAAUCAUUUUAUUUUGAUAAAAUCAUGUUACUUUGAUAUGCAGCUGCUGAACACAUCACAUUUGCUUCCGUUACCGGACGAUCGAUUGUCUCUUCAAAUUUGUACAAUUUUAUCGAAUUUAUUGUUUUUAUUAUCGCGUGAAAAACACAGGGACUCAUUUACAUAUUAUACAAGUUUUAGAUUUUUUUAAAAUCUCUAUUAUUUGAACAAAAUAAUUCUACGUAAUCUUACUAAUGCAAUGCUGAACUCCGUUUUUGUUAUAUGACGGUCGAUCGUCGUUUGGAAAUAUUUAUACGAUAUAAUCAGAUUUGAAAACAGAAUAUCACACGUUGACCUUUAUAUUAUUUACAAGUUAGCGAUUUUAGAAAAAUUGUAUUAUUUUAACAAAAUUUCGUUGCGUUUUCGUUGCUGAAAGAUCGAUCGUUUUUCAAAAUAUUUGUACAUUAAAAUCGAAUUUAUAUUCAUUAAAAUGAUUAACACAAUGAUAAUAUUUCUCAGUAUAACGAUGUCUGAGCUAUGAUCAAUAAAAUCCUCUACGCCAUUAUUGUUAACAUAAAAAUGUCACUGUGACCAAUGUGUAUGAAUUUUUUUCAACAUUGUAUUAUUUAUAGCCAGCCCUCACUAGCCAUUUAGAGAAUUAUAUUUUCUUUCUUUCGAAGACAUUUAACUUCUCAUUUUUUAUUCAGAAUUUCAUUCAAGGAAAAAUCAUUCGCAUUGGCAAUAUUACAAAUUUUGUACUUUCCAAGGUAAAAUAACGGCUUUACACGAGUCAAAUGAGUGCUAACUUUUACCAAUAUGAUAUUAUUUUUCUUGAUCUUCAGGUCUUAUUUUGUUCCCCGAGAGAGCUUCUACGACUUUUAUUUCUUCCUUUCAAUUUGUUAAAAAGAAGGUGAAAGUAAAUCAUGUUAGCAGCCGAAUUGAAGCAGACUCGGGAAUAAUUUUCCCAGUAAGUUUGUAGAGAAUUUUUCGAGAAAAUGAGACCUGAAACAUGGAAAUGGAUUAAAAAUUCGGAUCAUACUUUGAAAAAUAUAGAUGAAAAUAUAACAUCAAGAAAUUUAGCAAUUAUCGGUUGGUGGUUUCGCAAAUCAAUUGUUAUUUUAUCCUGUUCUCAAAUCAAUAUUAUAAUAAUAAUCAACCUAUAAUUAAUUUUUUCAAUGCAAUAGACAAACCAGUAGUAUAUUUUGGGAAUUCAAUACUCAUUUGACUAGAAUGAAGCAACUAUAUUGCCUCAAAAAAACAUUUUCUCAAAUUUUUACCUCGCAACAAAUGCCUUGAAAAUCAAAUGGCCUGUUGUCAGCAGUGAUAGAAAUUCAAAAAAACUGAAUGUGUUAGUGCAUGGACAAAUAUGGAAAUUUUGCCGCUUUCAUUCAAUUGAAAAUGUGGAAAAAAUGCCACUGCAUUCGGGCAUCUGCAACUCUGAACAAAAAGCUUUUAGCUCUCGAAUAGUGCAUAUACCUAAAUAAGCAGUUGGAAAAAACUCUUUCCAUUUACAUUACGUGUAUUUUGUAGAUCGUUAACCCCUACGAUCAUUUUUUUCCUUUGAGAAUUAGAAUUUCUAAUUCUCAUAUUGAACUUCAUAUUGAAGAGAUCAAGAAAGAUAGAGCAAUAAGCCAUUCAAAUUAUUUCUCAGAAAAAAGGAUUCAAAACAUUGACUGGGUCCGUAAUUAGUUUUCUGUUCAGAUUCUUUUGAAUCACAUAUCAUUCAAGCAACGAAAGGUCAAAGAUCACGAAGCAAGUAACAAAGUGUCUAAUGUAGGCUGAGUUCCCUAAAACUGCCAUGCUGCCACUGCGAUGGCUGUACUUUUUAUAUCUACAUGAAAUUUUUGCUCAAUUUUGUGCAGCGCAAUUAAUGAUUCGCAGCUCAAAAUAACUAACUUGAUUCGGAUUCUUAAAUAAACAAUUUAUUUUAAAUAACUCGAUGAACUCUGUUGUUACUGCAUUUUACAUUUUUGAGACUAAAAAUAUAUUUCAAUUAUCCAAAUUGAACAGCCCUGCAAGAGGCAUAAUCUUUUAUUUUUCAUAAAUAUCAAUCUUUCCGGAAGGCGAAUGGUUCCGAAAAUAAUGGUGAAGCGUUAUUCAUUUAAACCUAAUACGUAAUUAAUUUUAGUAUAAUAGGGAUGAAUACAAAAUGUUAUAAUGCUUUGUCAGAUAACUUAUGCUAAUAAAAAACAAUACUUGGUCACAUACGGUA